AUGUCUUUACCAACAGUACUCGUCCUUGGUGGCACCGGACCCGCAGGCAUCUGUCUACUACGCGAGCUCCUCCAUCGCAAACAUAAAGUUGUAGCUUAUGCAAAAACCCCGUCAAAGGUUCCGGAAGAUUUGGCCGCGGAUCCUUUGCUCGAGAUUGUCAAAGGCGAACUAAGUAACAAUCAAGCACUUGCGACAGCCGUUGCAAAAUGCGGCGUCGUUGUGUCGUUACUUGGGCCUCAACUCAGUGACAAGUCCAUGGACCCCAGCGUCCUCCCUAGAUUUUAUAAAUCGUCACUUUUUCCCGCAAUGCGGCAGCACGGCGUCAAGCGAGUCUUCGCGAUGGGUACACUUUCUAUUGUCAGCCCAGAAGACUCGUGGAGCAUUCUUCUGCCAGCGAUGGUUAUGUUCGUACGAUUAUUAUCGAGUGGGACAUAUCGCACAAUCAUCGGUAUCGGCGAGACAUUCGAAAACGAAGCAAAGGAUCUCGACUGGACCAUAUUUCACAUCGCUGGUAUCCCGGGAGAGUCUGACAACAAAAGCUGGGCACGCGACAGGGAAGAUGGCAAGACGUUUGUGGGAUGGAUUGGUGAGAAAGGUCACACAUAUUCUCAAAAGCGAGCAGCGCUAUCUAGAUGGCUUGUUAAUGCUGUUGAGGGAGGACUGCAGGAUUGGGUCCGUAAGAUGCCUGCCGUCUCUAAGCUGUCAGGUAGUUGA